GCGUAAACAUGAGAAUAUCGACUUUGACUGGCUGUACAAGGGGACCAUCUCAGAAAAGUCCAAAUUUUUGUAUUAAUUAAAUUAAAACCCAAAUUAACUAAUUAAGUAAAAUGGUUGUAUUUUUCUUGUCUUAAAGGAAUUGUUGCUGUAGCCAACUAUUAAGGAUAGAAUCUGUGUCUACUUUGAUAUUUUUGAACCAAAAAGAGGCAGAUAAAGAAAUGGGGCGGUUUAGUUUCUGGGUUGAGACUUGAUUCUGAGCAAAAAUUUGGGUGAAUUUUUAGCACUAACCGAUGAUUUAGUCUUUUGAUUGCAGAAAAUGAUGGCUCAGUAGAAUAUGUGGUAGAGAGCUGAAGUAAAGAGGCAUUGAUGGAAGUCUCAAUGUAUUGAACUUUUCCAUUUCAUGGUAUUACUUUUUAGCAUAUUUUGGAGUGGGAAGGUGAGAGAUGGGGGUGGAUGGUGGAGAGGAGGAGCAAAUGCAAGAGCCAACAGAGUGUCAAGAGAGAAUUUUUGUUUCAGUUCGACUGCGGCCGCUCAGUGAGAAGGAAAUUGUUAGGCAUGAUGUAUCAGACUGGGAAUGCAUCAAUGAUAACACUAUCAUAUACAGGAGCAAACUGUCGGUUUCUGAGAGAUCCAUGUACCCUACCGCUUAUACAUUUGACAAUGUUUUUGGCUCCGAUUGCCCCAAUAGGCAAGUUUAUGAAACAGGAGCAAAGGAGGUUGUUCUUUCAGUUGUCAGUGGUAUAAACUCAAGUGUUUUUGCAUAUGGGCAAACAAGCAGCGGAAAGACAUAUACGAUGACUGGAAUUACUGAGUAUGCAAUGGCAGAUAUAUAUGACUACAUACAAAGGCACAAGGAAAGAGAGUUCGUCCUGAAGUUUUCUGCUAUUGAGAUUUACAAUGAAUCUGUCAGGGACCUCCUUAGUGCAGAUAGCACUCCUCUUAGACUUCUAGAUGAUCCUGAAAGAGGGAUAGUUGUUGAGAAACUCACUGAAGAAACUCUGCGGGACUGGAAUCACUUUAAAGGGCUUCUAUCUGUGUGUGAAGCUCAAAGACAAAUUGGAGAGACUUCUCUGAAUGAGGCAAGCUCUAGGUCCCAUCAAAUUCUGAGAGUGACAAUAGAAAGUUCUGCACGAGAGUGUUUAGGCAAUGACAAGUCAAGCAUGCUUGCAGCCACUGUGAGUUUUGUUGAUCUCGCUGGAAGUGAGCGUGCGUCUCAGUCAUUAUCAGCUGGUGCAAGGUUGAAAGAAGGUUGCCAUAUAAAUCGCAGUUUAUUAACACUUGGAACUGUUAUCCGUAAGCUGAGCAAGGGAAGAAAUGGGCACAUUCCUUUCCGAGAUUCAAAGCUGACACGUAUUCUUCAGUCUUCACUAGGAGGCAAUGCUAGAACUGCUAUAAUUUGUACCAUGAGUCCAGCACGAAGCCAUGUUGAACAAUCAAGAAACACCCUCUUGUUUGCAAGUUGUGCCAAAGAAGUGACUACCAAUGCACAAGUCAACGUGGUCAUGUCCGAUAAAGCAUUAGUGAAGCAAUUGCAAAGGGAAUUGGCUAGAUUAGAGAACGAGUUGAAAAGUGCAGGAACAGCUUCUAUUUCCUUCGAUUCUGCUGUGCUGCUGAGAGAGAAAGACCUUGAGAUUGAAAAGCUAAAGAAACAGGUAAUCCUACUGACUCAGCAAAUAGACUAUGCUCAGUCUGAGGUUGAGGAUCUACGGCAAAUGGUUAACAAUGGAAGUCCUGCAGAUGAAAGGCCAGUGACAAUAUGGGCCGCAGAUCCAGAUCCUCAGUACCCCAAACUGCAAGUGCAAAAUUCAUGGGACUAUGAAAGUUCAAUCAUGGCAAGACAUGCUUUGGCUGUUGGUCUUAGGUCCAGCCCUCCAGAUAGACAAAGCUAUAGUUCUGAAGAGAGCUUCCUCCAGCUUCCUGACUUCAAACUGAAAAUACCGCAUCAUAGUUCUUCACCACGGUUGUCACCUAAAAUUCCUAAUUUUGUUGCAAUUAAUCAUCGCCUGGAGGAGAAUGGUUACCAUGUCGAUGAAAACUCGGAGGCAGUUUGCAAGGAAGUCCGUUGCAUUGACUCGGGAAGAUCAAGUACGAAUACAUAUUCAAACUCAAAUUUAUCGGUAUCUAGCCAAAAGAUUUAUCAAAAUUAUAAUAUGUCAUCUCCAAGGGAAAACUCAGCUAUUUCAGGAUUGAUUGAUGUAGGCAAUGAAGCUAGAUUAAAGCGAGAAUCCAGUUCACUGCACUGGAAAAACAGUAGCAACCAUCUGGAUGUUGCUAUUCCAUCUCCUGAAAAACCAUGCUUAUGGCGUCAGCAAGAAGAAAUAUCUAGCCAUAGAAGCUUACAAUUAACUAGGAAUAGAAGUUGUAAAGCACGUCUCAUGACUGAUUUGACCUCCAAGUGGAUUGAGAGGGUAGAAAAGGAUGAGAGCACACCUCCAAUAGGAAAUGAGAAAUAUUUCACUGGAAGACCAGAGAGUAUCCGGAGGAAACUCUCUGCAUUGAAGUAUGAUCUUCAGAACAAAGGUUUGUCUAGAAAUGGGUCGCAAACUUCUGCAACGAGUACUAGUGUGUACAAGGUUAAAGCCCAGAUAUCAAUAAAUGAAUCUCAAAGUUCUUUGACAAGUGCUACAGAUGAAACGUCUAAUCUUAAGCAUGAGAAGAAACUUGCUAAUCAGGCGGUACAGGUGACGGAGCCCGUUUUACAUGGAAAGACUGUUACAGACAUUGGGUUGGACCCAAUUUCAGAUUAUUAUGGGAGCCCUAGAACAUGGUCUUCAGAAUUUACGAGGCUUCAAAGAGAGAUCAUUGAACUUUGGCAUGCUUGCAAUGUGACACUGGUCCACCGGACCUACUUUUUAAUGCUAUUUAAGGGAGAUCCAAAAGAUUAUAUAUACAUGGAGGUGGAACAUCGAAGGCUGUCCUUCCUCAACAAUGUAAUUUCCCAUGGUAAUCAAACAGUUGAAAACGGACGAGUCCUUACCCGUGCUGCAAGCUUGAAGGCUCUACGUCGAGAAAGGCAUAUGCUGAGCCGGCAGAUGAACAAGAGAUUCUCCAAAGCAGAAAGAAAGAAUCUCUUUCUCAAAUGGGGCAUUGGAUUGAACACUAAACAUAGGAGGCUGCAGUUGGCUCACUGCCUGUGGUUUGACAGUAAAGACAUGGAUCACAUUACUGAGAGCGCUGCCAUUGUUGCAAAGCUGGUUGGCCUUACAGACCCGGAGAAGACCUUUAAGGAAAUGCUUGGCCUCAACUUUACACCAGGAAAAUGUACCAACAAGAGAUCCUAUGGUUUGAAAUGCAGUGCUAUGUCUAUCUUAUAGGUGUUGUGACCGAAUACAAUCAAACAAUGGUUAUCCAAUAAGCAAUCACUUGUGAUGUUCCAAUAAUAA